AUGCGCAUGGGCGGUGCUGAGCUGGCGUCUCAGCACUGUCCAGGUGGCGGCCUCACGUGCUGCAAGCCUCUCGGCGACCAGUCUGUCCUCGCUGGCAGUGAUUCGGGCGACAUGAUUGCAUGGGCGUGGGCAUCUGAGCUUGAGGCACUUGACCCUCACUCCAAUGGAGCCAUGCGCCACUAUGCAAGGAGCCACGGGGGCCUUUCUGGGAGUGUAGCAGGGAAGCAGCACGGUGUACAGUCUUCAUCAAAGAGAGCUCAAUGCUUGAGCUUCUUUUCUGUGCCGAUCAGUUCGUCUGGUGUAUCAUCCCUUGUUUCUGCUAGUGCUAUGAAGAACUCAAGGGUGAUGGUCGUGGGUUCUGAAGAGGGCUCUGCAAGCUUGGCCGGAUUCGCUGGAGAUAAUGAUCCGAGUGCAUUUCCCAGCGUUGUUGGUCGUGCUCGCCAUAAAGGUGUGAAGCUAAUGGCCGACAGGGAUGAAGCCGUUGGUUAUGAAGCCACGGCCCAGCGUGGAGUUUUGACGCUGAAGCAUCCUAUCGAGCAUGGUGUUGUGACGAACUGGGAUGACAUGGAACAUAUUUGGCGCUACGCCAUCUACAAUGAGCUUCAUGUCUCUCCAGAGGAGCAUCCGGUGCUUUUGACUGAGGUUCCGCUGAAUCCCAAGGCGAAUCGCGAGAAGAUGGCGCAAAUUAUGUUUGAGACAUUCAACGUGCCGGCGACAUAUGUCGCCAUUCAGGCCGUGCUCUCCUUAUAUGCCAGCGGUCAUACCACUGGUAUUGUUCUGGAAUCCGGUGAUGGUGUGACCCACGCUGUCCCCAUCCACGAGGGUUACGCUCUGACAGAUGCGAUUCUCCGUUCGGAUCUUGCCGGUCGUGAUUUGACUGAUUACCUGGUUGUGCUCUUCAGUAAGAGGGGUUACUCUUUCACCACAUCCGUCCAGCGGGAAACAGUGAGGGACAUCAAGGAGAGGCUCGCUUACGUUGCCAUUGAUUUCGAGCAGGAGAUGGCGACUGUAGAGAGCUCGUCUACUCUGGAGCAGAGUUAUGAGCUUCCUGAUGGCCAGGUGAUUACGGUUGGUUCUGAGCGGUUUAGGUGCCCAGAAGCGCUCUUCAACCCGUCGCUGGGUGGCAAGGAAGUCCCGGGUAUCCAUGAGUUGUGCAACGACAGCAUCAUGAAGUGUGAGGAAGGUAUCAGGCGGGAUUUGUACAGCAACAUUGUUCUCGGCGGCGGUACCACUUUAUUCCCUGGAAUCGCUGAGCGUGUGACCAAGGAAGUGACUCAGCUGGCUCCAGCCAACUACGUUAAGGUGGUUGCUCCACCUGAGCGGAGGUACAGUGCAUGGAUUGGUGGAUCCAUGUAUGCGGCUCUGAGCACAUUCCAGCAGGUAUGCGUUUUCUGCAUUUUCUAUUGCUAUGCCUUCCUUGGUUCUAUGCGCUGA